UACAAAAUCAAAUUAUAUCCCUUUAUAAAUUUUUGUGAUCCAAUUUUGAAAUGGGAAGCAUCAACGAUGAAAUCGCUGACAUCGACUUUAAUGUCGUCAACCCAUUAGAUCCAGAAGAAUUCAGAAGUCAAGCACAUAAAGUUGUGGAUUACAUAGCUGAUUAUUACAAAAAGAUUGAACAAUUCCCAGUUGUUAGCCAAGUUGUUCCUGGCUAUCUCCGGAAAACCAUACCCCAAAACUCUGCUCCAAAUUCUCCCGAAUCUUUAGAAUCUAUUCUUCAAGAUGUCAGCCGAUAUGUCGUUCCGGGUAUUACUCAUUGGCAAAGCCCUAACUUUUUUGCUUAUUUUCCUGCUAGUAAUAGCACUGCAGGUCUUCUUGGAGAAAUGCUAGGCACUGCCUUCAAUGUCGUCGGUUUUAACUGGCUUUCGUCCCCCGCGGUCACCGAGCUUGAAAUGUUGGUGCUUGAUUGGUUUGGUGAGAUGCUCAAUCUGCCUAAAGCCUUUUUGUUUUCCGGUGGUGGCGGCGGUGGUGGCGUUAUUCAAGGGACUACUUGUGAAGCGAUUUUAUGUACAUUGGUGGCUGCAAGGGACAUGAAACUUAAAGAGAUUGGAAGAGAGAAGAUGAGUAAGCUUGUUGUUUAUGGUUCUGAUCAAACUCAUAUGUCCUUACAAAAGGCCGUGCAGGUUGCAGGCUUUUCUGAGGAAAAUUUUCGAGUCAUUAAGACAACAAAAUCAGAGUCAUUUGGAUUGUCUCCAGCCUCUCUAAAAAUGGCAAUUCAAUCCGACAUCCAAAAAGGCUUUAUCCCACUGUACCUUUGUGCAACUAUCGGAACGACUUCAACGAACGCCGUCGACCCACUUGACUCGCUUUGCGAUAUAGCACAACAAAACGGAAUUUGGGUUCAUGUGGACGCUGCAUAUGCAGGAAGCGCUUGCAUUUGUCCGGAGUUUCGGCACUUCAUGAAUGGCGUCGAGAAGGCAAAUUCGUUCAGCUUGAAUGCGCAUAAAUGGUUCUUCUCGGCGCCAGAUUGUUGUUGCUUGUGGCUGAAGGAUCCGUCAGGGUUGAGAAACUCUCUCUCAGUGAACCCUACGUAUUUGAAAAAUAGGGCAACUGAUUCGGGUGAAGUGGUGGACUACAAAGACUGGCAGAUUACGCUGAGUAGAAGGUUUCGAGCAAUGAAGUUAUGGGUUGUGAUGAAAAGCUAUGGAGUGGCAAAUUUGAGGAAGUUUUUGAGAAGCCAUGUGAAAAUGGCGAAGAUUUUUGAGGGGCUUGUGGAGAGGGAUGAGAGGUUUGAGGUUGCGGUUCCAAGGAAUUUCGGGAUGGUUUGUUUUCGAUUGUCCCUCGAUGAAGUCCAGAAGUCGAAUAUGUUUAGCUUGAAAUUUUUGGAGGGAAUUAACAAGACGGGAAGAGUUUACAUGACACAUGCAGUCGUUGAUGGAAUGUAUUUGAUUCGAUUUGCCGCCGGCGGGACGAUGACGGAGGAACGACAUGUCAUCAUGGCAUGGAAGCUCGUGCAAGAAGUAGCCGAAAAGAUCUUGAAGGGGGUUUAAGGUUGUUUUGGUUGGUUAUAAGUACGAAGGAAACCAUUGAAUAAAAGAAAGUUAAGAAAUUGGUAAUAAAAAAGUUCUUUUUCUUCAGCAGAGAAGUGAUGAAGAUUGGAAACUAUAUGGCCCUAAAGAAAAAAAAUGGUGUUUUAAAUUGUUGAAUUAUAUGCACGUUCGCAUUUUUAUUCUCUUAUUUGUUUGGAAUUGAAUUUGUGGGUGAUGAGCUUAAAUGUUAUGUAUUUUUUUUUUUAAAGCACUUACAUCUCAUGUAUUCUAAAUCUCACAGGAUGAUAAAAUAAUAAUAUACUAUAUUUAAUAGUUA